AUGCAGUCGUCCCAGGCGCCCGACUCCCCCGCCACCAAGCGCAAACGCGGUCGGCCAGCGAACGCGUCCAGACCAGCCGCCGACGACGCGUCGCACGCCGACGACACCCUCACCGGCGCGAGUCGUGACAACGGGAUCGCGGAUGCGGACGACGAGCGCCCACGGAAACGCGGCAAGACGGCAACGGAGCAGCAUAACGAACCUGCCGUUACUGCCGCAGCUCAGCCGCGGAAGAGAGGUCGGCCUAGGAAGUCCACAGACAUGGCCCCCGACGCCCAGCAGCAGCAGCAGCAGCCAGACAAAGAAGACUUGCACGCUGCGCCGGCGCGGAGAGGUCGGCCGCGGAAAGACGACGCUGGAGCGCGUCGAGACGAGGCUCUAGCAGCAGAGGAGGAGGCAGCGCCGCGGAAGAAGAGGGGACGGCCUUCGCUGCAGCGGGCCGAAGACGUCGAAGGGUCAAGUCGAGAGCAGCCUGAACUUGAACCUUCAGACCAAGCGCCGCCGAAACGGAAGAGGGGACGCCCAUCGCUACAAAAGCCGCCCGAGGCCGACGAGCAACCAGAGGAGCAGCAGGAAGACGACGAGGCGUCUCGAGAGACUCAACGACGGAAACGAGGGCGCCGGUCACCGAAGCCUCCUGAGGCGGAGCAAGCAGACGACGCCGAUGCCACUCAGUCGCAACGGGGACAGCAAGCGGCCAGCAAGCCUCGCAAACGGGGACGCCCUUCCCUGCAGGGCAUCUCGCCCGCGCAGGCCCAGAACAAGGCCCCCAAGGCGCGGCGGCGGAAGCCCCAGAAGCCGCGGCGCGACGAGGUCGACGAAGAGGAGGCCGAGGCGCCGGAGACACAGACACAACCAGACCGACGGCGGAAACGAAAAUCAGCUACCGAACAACCCAUUGGGCGGAAAGGCGUCCCCAAACCCGACCAGCCCGGCUCCCGGACAGAGGGCCGCAAACGUCGCCGGUCAAGUCAAGGGGAUCCAGACCAACAACAAACACGGGACGAAAACGGACCGCCCUCGCCGUCCAAGCCGUACGCGCGCAUCGUGCCCCGCGUCCGCCGCGUCCGCCAGGCCACCAUCACCGCCAAAUGGGCGCCCCUAUCCGGCCCGUCCCUCCCCGCCGUCUCGACGCUGCUGCACCUCGCCCACCGGCCCAUCCUGCAGCGCCUCUCCAACACGCACCAGCGCCGCGAGCACACGUCGGCCGCGCUGCGCCUCAUCACGCACCGCAUCGCCCGCAAGGUCACCCGCGGGCUGCCCUUUCCGCCCGCGUCCAUGCCCCCGACCUCCUCCUCCUCCUCCUCCUCCUCGAAAUCAUCAGCAGCGGCAUCCUCCGGGGCGAGGAGGCAGACGCAGCGGGCGGCGGUGGCGGACGGCGGCCGCGAGACGGAGCUCAACUUUGAGAGCGUGCUGGACGGCAAGGCGGCGUUGGAGAGGCAGCUUGAGCCUGCGGCGCAUGCUGUCGAGCUGCUCCGCCGGGAGAAGGAGCACGUGGAGCAGGAGCUGGAGAGGGACUACGAGAUGCUCCGGACGCUCGAGGCCGGGGCGAGGGCGCAGGCCCGCGAGCAGAGGAGCUUGCUCAAAAAGGCACACCCGCUGGUCCCCGAGGCGCCUAAGCUGGAGCCUCACCACGACGACGAUGCAGACAGCCGCGUCUUCACGAAGAGCCGCGAUCAAGGUCCUGACGCCCCCGUCGGCGUCUUCACCGACAACAACAACCUCAGCCAGGACCAGGACGAGGCCCUGCGGCCGCUCGUCGCGCAGCUGGGCGGGCACGUGGAGAGCAUGCGCGCCAACCUCGCGCAGGCGGACGGCGUCGUCGCGCAGCUCGAGCGCAGCCGCGGCGCGCUGCUGGCGGCGCUGAUGCGGCACCUCGGGGCGGAGCAGUACGAGCGCGUGGUGCUCGGCUGA